AUGAAAAAAUUAUUCAAAUACUGUGAUUAAUGUUCAAUAAAACCAGGAACAGUUUUCUGUUAGAAUUGCUAGGCUAGAUUUUGUUAUGACUGUGAUGGAGAAGUUCAUAAUUAGAACUUAAAUCACAAGACAGAAAUAUGCUCAUUAACAUGUAUUAUAAUAUAUAUUAAGAAAUGAGACAAAUUAAUUAAUAUUCAUAGAUUUAGACAAUAGAUUCAUAGAUAUUUUCUUAAACAAAAUAAAAUCAUGUAGUAAUUGCAUAAUAGGGAAUUUAAUUAUAAAAGGAAGAAUUAACUAAAAUAGAAUUAGAGAUUAAAUAAUUUGAAUAAGUUUUGAAUUUAUAAGAGAACAAAUGGAAAAAGUAAUUUGAAAUUUUAGAAAAAGAAUAUAGUGAAAAGAUUGCUAAAUUUGAAUAGAAGGUUUAAAAGAGUGAAAGCACCAUAACAGAAAUAAAAUAAUAAUCUAAAUAGGAGGAUUAAAUUAAUGAAAUGAUGAAAUAAUUAAAAGAAUAAUUAGAAGGAUAAAAGAAGUAUGAAUAAGAUUUACUAUUAAUAGUUAAUUAUUAUAAAAAGUUGAUCAAUAGAAAGAGUAAUUGAAUGAUAAAGAACAAUUAUUAUAGAAUUUGAUAAAAUAAGAGAAGGAUUUAUCUGCAGAAAUAAAUAAGAAAGAGAUUUUAAUAGGAAAAUUCAAAGAGUUUAUCUAAUAAUAAUAGAAAGAGAAGGAGUUGAUAUUGAAUGAAAAUGAGAGAAUAAAGAAGCAAUUGACAGAAAUCAAGUAAUUAUUUAAAGAAAAACUGCCUUAAUUGGGAUUGGAUGAAAACUUCUUCAAUUUUGAUGAAGAAGUGUCAGAUGCUUAAGAAGAGGAAUAAGAACCAUAAAUAUAAUAAAAUGUAGAGGACUCAACAGAAGAAGAUGAAGGGAUAUAAUGA